AUGGGGAGCUACGAGGCGCAGAUCCAGAGCUACCAGGGGACGGACCCGCUGGAGCCGUGGGACAGGUACGCGCAGUGGGUGGAAGGAUGCCUUCCCCUCCAAGAGAAACAGAACCGUUGGCCCGGCCUCCUGGAGCAGCUUGUGAAGGGGUUCCUGGGCGACAAGAGGUACCACCAGGACUCAAGAUUCGUUAACUACUGCAUCAAGCUGGCAGAGUUCAUCAGUUCUCCUUGCCAGUAUUUUGAGUACCUCUAUGGACAGGGAAUUGGUUCAAAGGCAUCCAACUUCUACGUUGCUUGGGCUCAGCAGCUGGUAAAGGAAGGCAAUGUGCAGGGUGCUGGAGCUGUUCUUCAAAAGGCUCUUCACAACCAGGCGCAGCCACAGGAGAACUUGGAGCAGCUGUACUGCUGGCUGCAGAAGUAUGAUGCUCAGAAUCCUCCUUUGCCAGGUGCUGCUGUUAUAAAACCACUUCAGACUUCACAUGCUGCAAAUCAAAUGGCUCCUCGAAAAAGUGUUUCAAACCUUAACGACACGGUGCACGCAUGUAAAAAUCAGGGUCCUGAUUCUGCUGGUGCUCAGUCCUGUUCUUCUGGUGGAAGAGAAGAAGUAAAGUAUGUCACAUACAUCUCCAAAUCUGAAGUUCUUCCUAAGUCAUCAUCUGUUGUUGUGGAAUGUGAGCAGGUUGCAAUGUAUGAUAAAAACCUACUUGUCUGUGAAGGCUCUGAACUUUCAUUUGAAGAGCUGAGAGCCAAGAGAUACUUCAAGAAAUAUGAGUGCCUCAGAAGACAGCAAGAAUGGGAAGAAGAAGAGAAAGACGCCCUGAGGAAAAAAGAGUUAUCUGAGCUUGAACUGCAGGCCCUGCAACAGAAGCUGGAGCAACUCACUCACCUCACCAAAAGCUUGGAGGAAACUAGACUAGAACCAGCAUCUACAACAUCAGCUGCACCCACUGAGACAAUGGUGCAUCCACAUGUGGGGUCCAGUGCAGCUCUACAGCAGAACUGGAUGGCAUCUUGUGAAAGUUCAGCUCUGCAGAACACCCGUGCUCUGCUGUCAGACCAGCCUCAGUCGAGUACUUUAUCAUCUACUGCCCUUACCCUGCAGUCAGCCAAACCUGUUGGCCACCAUCUGACAUCAACCUCCCUGUGGGAAGCAACAUCCAAGAAGGAUGCUUUGAAAACUCAUCAAGAGCUUGGAGAACUCCAGAAGAGUUUAUUACACCCUCCAUUCAGUAAUGUUUCAGCUCAGGAGCAGGCACAGCCAGACUCAUCUCUUAAUUGGAGCACUGGAAAACAGCACCCUAACAAGAAGUCCACUGGACUAACAAUGGCUGCAGACAUGAAAGAAGCAUCUACAGUUGGAAAUUCUUCCUUUGCCUCUGGAAAUGCUUCUCAAGCUACCCCAAACACCUCGCUGGGCGGAGCAACGCAGGCAACGCCCUUCAAAGUGCAGCCUUCACCUACAGUUCACACAAAGGAAGCACUGGGAUUUCUCAUGGAUAUGUUUCAAACACCCAUCUUGCCUGAACCUCUUGAUGAAAGUGAGGAUCAAUUUGAAGCCUUUUGCAGAAAAAGUGAGCCUGAUGGAAGUCUGAAAGCUAACACUGCUGCCCCUUUCACACCUGCAUUUUCUAUCUUUGAAGAUGAGAAUGAAAAAGAGAACACCAGGAUCCCACAGCAUAAAAACAAGGCUGAGGAGCCCAGGACCAUUGGAGAACGUCCCUUGACUGACCGUACAGCAGGAACAGAAGAAGAAAAAGGAACACCAGAGUUCUUGAGGGAAGAUUACACUGUGUGGAAUGUACCAAGCAGUAAUAAAACAUUAGCUCCCAGUCCAAACAACACGAGAGACUUUGCACGAGCUGCCCAGCUUGUAUCCACACCAUCUAAUUACCUGUCUGCACCUUCACGACAAGCUUUGGAGGACAGAGCCUGUGGGGAUGAGUUGCCGCAAAUGGAAUUGGAGUUUUCUGAAGACCUGCACAAGCAGAUAAAAAACAAGAAGCUAAGCCCUGCAGAACAAGGAAAUGUCUUGAAACAAGGAAAUGGAAUUCAAGGAAUUGCUACAGCUGCUUCUCAAAGAUUACAUGAGCAGACUGCCAGGAGCAGAGCCAAAUUUUCCUCAUCUGUUGGGACAGACAAAAUUUCCCAUGAAAAGCUGUCUGGAAUGGGGCAGGACAGGACAGCUCGGAGUGUUAGAGCUGCAGCCCUUGUUGAGAACCCCUGGGAUAAGGAAUUGAUUUGCAAAUUCCUAUCAGAGCUUCCUAAACCACUCCACACCUGUGCCAACUAUUUUGAAUGGAAAUCUCUUCUUCCACCCAUCAGACCAAAGGCUGAACUCCUGCUGGGUUCCAGUUCAUUCCAUGUGGACUGCUUGGUUGGAGAGGGAGCUUUUGCCCAAGUCUAUCAGGCUUCCAUUCUGGAUGCAAAUAACCCUAGAAACAACCAGAAAGUAACAUUCAAGGUCCAGAAGCCUGCCAACCCUUGGGAGUUUUAUAUAGCAACACAACUAGCAGAAAGGCUUGAUCCAAGCAUGCGCCACCUCUUCAUCCACUUUUAUUCUGCUCAUUUAUUUCAAAACGGAAGCAUUUUGGUUGGUGAGCUCCACAAUUACGGAACGUUGCUGAAUGCCAUAAACAUUUACAAAAAGCUUCCUGAGAAGGUGAUGCCUCAAGCGCUUGUCAUCUACUUUGCUGUAAAAAUUCUUUAUAUGGUGGAAGAGCUCCACAGCUGCAAAAUCAUUCAUGGGGACAUUAAGCCCGACAAUUUCAUACUUGGAGAGAGGUUUCUGGACAAUGAUACAUGUGACAUAGAUGGUCUCUUCCAUGGCUUGACACUCAUUGACCUGGGCCAGAGUAUAGACAUGAAACUGUUUCCCGAAGGAACAGCGUUUACUGCCAAGUGUGAAACAUCUGGAUUUCAGUGUAUUGAAAUGCUGACACAGAAACCUUGGAACUACCAGACAGACUACUUUGGCAUUGCAGCAACCAUCUACUGCAUGCUCUUUGGUACCUACAUGCAAGUGAAGAAUGAAAAUGGUAUCUGGAAGCCUGAGGGAGCCUUCAGAAGGCUUGCCAAUGCUGACCUGUGGAAGGAGUUCUUCGAGAGCAUGCUGAACAUCCCUGGCUGCCACAGCCUGCCUUCCCUAGGAGCUCUGCGCAAAAAGCUGAAGGACUUAUUCUGCAAGUCGUACGCAAAGGAAAUAAAGCUCCUUCGGAACAGGCUCGUGGUGCUGCUCAUAGAACACAAACGGUCGCGAAAAUAA